AUGGCUGGAGGCACCGCGCAGGCCAAGAUGACGGCGACAGUCGAGUACCCAUGGUCAGGCAAAGGCAAAGGUAGCCAGGCCAAAGGUGCAAAGGGCAAAGGCACCAAGGGCAGAUGGUCCCGUGAGGCCUGGAAAGGCUGGGGCAAGGCCGCAAAUGCCUGGAAGAAGGGAGCCGGACUCAAAGGUAAGGGCUGGGGGAAGGGGAAGGGCAAAGGUCAAGCUGCGUGGACCUGGAAUCAGACCUGCUCCCUCAUGCCUGGCGAUGUCGUGCGCCUGCGGCGAUUUGAUGAUCCCGACAUUCACAUCGGCCCGCUGACCGUCUCGAGCCUCGCACAGGACAUCCUGUGCUUUCAGUCCGAGUCCGGAUACCUGCGGCUCCAGAGGAGAGGCGGCGACCUCCAGGGUAAGCGAGGCGGAAGCCGCACAUUGUUUUCAGUUUCAAGGGGCAGCGCAUUGGAAGACCAGGAGGUCGUCCUGUUCGGACAGGCCGUGGGGAUGUUCCUGACCAUUGAAGCAGAUGGCAGCAUUGGCGCCAGCGUGUCCCGCAGAUCGUUGCUCUGCGAGUGGCUGACCUCCGGAUCCGAGGAGAUUCGGCGGUCCGAGGCCCCGCAGUCCCCCGAGGCCCCGGAAGGCCUCCGCAAUCGGCUUCCAAAGGCCGAGGCUGAGACCGAGCCGGAGGCUUUGCCAAAAGUAGAGGUGCCGGUGCCCGCAGAGACGACCGUCUUUGAAGACGCUGGUGGACUCAAUGAAGCCUUGGAGCCGGAAGCCUUUUGGGCAAAGGAACUUCAGAACGCACCUAUCUUUGAACUCAACUUCCCUCCGCUGCACCCCUUGGAUGCGUACUUGACGCACGAAGUGGGCAGAGCACAUCGGAUUCUUUCCGGACAGGUGGUCCCAGAAGUUGUGCUCGCCGCAUGGGUCCUUUUACUCUGUCGGUAUUCUCGCGCGGAGGAGGUGCUGCUUCUGGUCUCCCAGGAUAGUCCUGUGGCUUUGCGGCUGGCAAGCUUAGAGCAGUUGUCACUGCAGCAAGCCGCAGAUGCAUACCGCAAUCGUUUGGCAGAUGCCAGGUCCUGUUGGGCACAUGUUCCUGCAGAGAUUCUGAAGUGCCGUGUGGGCUUUCUCUUCGGACCAGCGACUGAUCUUGACUGGACAGCACCUUGUGGCCAAGGCCGGCUGAUGCUGCAGCUGCAGUGCGAGCUUCGAGCCGAAGGCCUUGCCUGUACUCUUCUCUUUGAGCAAGGCUUGCUCAGCACGGCAAGUGCCGCGCGAGCCCUGGACCAUUUGGAAGCGCUGCUCUCCGCGGACCUCACUUUGCCAGCGGGGCUGUUGGAGGUCUGCAAUGAAAUGGAGCAGUGGAUGUUGUUGGAUUGGAGUGACCAAAGAACAGAGAGAUACCUUGAUUCUGGCAAAUGCAUCCACCAUUUCUUCCAAGAACAGGCUUCUGCUGUGCCCAGUCGAACGGCAAUUAUCGAAGACUCCGAGUCUUUGACUUAUGCCCAGCUAGCUGCAGAAGCAGGGCAGGUAGCUUCAGAGCUUCUGUCGGCCGACGUUACUGUGGACAGCUUGGUGCCACUAAUGUCCCAUCGCUGCACGGAGAUGAUCAUUGCGAUCUUUGGCAUCCUCUUUGCUGGCGGUGGGUAUGUUCCCUUGGACACGAAGUGGCCAGACGACCGUGUCAUGGAGGUGAUCUCGCAAUGUGCUCCCCGUGCUGCUUGCGCCGGCCCAGGCUUUGCAGUUCGCCUACAGUCUCUCGUAAAAGAGUUGAGCACCUGCCAGAUCUUGGACAUCAAGCGGAGACAAUUGAAAUCUCCCAGCGCACCUAUGCGAGUCGCGUCCGAACCCAAGAGCACCAAUGCGGUGUACUGCUUUUUCACCUCGGGAUCUUCAGGCAAGCCCAAGGGUGUGGUGGUGGAGCACCGUGGACUGGUGCACCGCAUUCUUUGGUUUCAGGACCGCUGGCAAAUGCGUCCGGGCGAGUGUGGAAUCCUGAAGCACAGCUACACCUUCGGCUUGUCCGAGUGGGAGAUCUUCUGGCCACUCUCCGUGGGUGGUACGCUUGUCCUCUGCCGUCCGGACGGGGAAAAAGACAUGGAGUACUUGUGGCUGCUCUCUGAGCAAUAUCGCGUGCGAACCCAGGUCUUCGUGCCCUCGGUCCUCAGGGCAUUACUGGAGUACGCAGAGCUUGAGUUCGAAGAUCAGCAGGUAAAGCUUUGGCCGGACCUGAAGGCAGCCAUCACCUGUGGCGAGGCUUUGCCGCCGAGCCUCGCGCAGCAAUUCUUCGACUUCCUGCCGCAUGCCACACUGGACAACCUCUACGGCCCUACCGAGGGCGAAAUGACCGUUUGGCGCCUUCCCAUGGGCCGCAUUUUGCAAAGCAUGCCGAUCGGAGAGCCCAUGGAGGGCUCCAGAAUCCUAAUUUGCAGCUCUGGCGGUUUGGCUGGUGUCGGGGAACCCGGGGAGAUCUACUUCGGAGGUGACUUCAUUGCACGAGGCUACCUGGGCAUGCCGCAGCUCACAGAGGAGAAGUUCGUCCUCGAUCGUUUUCUGGGUGCCGAUGGCACGAAGCUUUAUGCUUCGGGCGACCUAGCCAGGUGGAGGGAGUCUGGAAUUCUGGACUUCCUUGGCCGGGCCGACUUCCAGGUGAAGCUGCGGGGCUUCCGCAUCGAGCUGGGGGAGAUCGAGGAGGCGUUGCGGGCGGCAGGCGCCAAGAAUUCCGUGUGCAUCGUGGUCGGGCAGGGGACACAGCAGCGCCUGGUGGCCUAUGUGAUCAUGCCUGGAGGCGAUCAAGCGACUCUGCGCGCUGCUUGCACCAGCCGUCUCCCCGCCUACAUGGUGCCAGCACAGGUGGUCUUCUUGGAAGCCAUGCCGCGGACAGCCAGUGGCAAAAUUGACCGCAAGGCACUGCCGGCACCACCGGAGCCACAAGGGGAGAGCGAGGAGGCUGUGCUUGUGGUGGAGCCGCGAGACUCCCUGGAAGAGCGCAUCCGCGAGAUUUGGGCCAAGGUGUUGGACCGUGCACCUGAGAGUCUCAGCGUGGAAGCAGAUUGGCCCCUUGUGGGUGGCAAUUCCCUGCUGGCCGGGAAAGCAACCUCGCUGUUGCGCAAAGAUCUGGGCGUGCAGCUGCCAGGGACGGCCAUGUACACCAACAGCACGAUUGCCAAGCUGGCCCUUUUGGCAUCGAAGCUCGGAGCUACCGUUUCAGGGGACGAGCCCAAGCCUGCCGAGACGAGCCAGGAGGCUGUGCCCGGCAAGCAGCGCUACCAGGCCCUAAGCGCCAGGAGCCCUUCAGCCCUGUGCGCUCAGUUCCUUGUGGCCGUCGCAGGGAACCUGCUUGGUGACAAUUUCGCUUGGAUGAUCCGUUGGCUGCUGGCCUGGAUGGUCUACCAGGCCUAUGGUCGAAGCUGUUUGAUCCUUUGUCUUCCUGGGCUGCUGGCCGUGCUUCUCGUGCUGGAGGCCGCCGUGUGCGUUGCCUUGAAGCAGCUGAUCGUUGGGCGUUUGGAACCUGGGAGGUAUCCUUUGUUUGGGAAAACCUAUUUCCUUUGGCUCUUCCAGCGCCACUUGGUGGAGAAGUGUCGCGACCGGAUCUCUGAGUUCAUUUCCGGGACGUGCCUUCUGGUCCACUUCUACCGGGCCCUGGGCGCCGACAUCGGGGAGAGAGUCGACCUGAACGAUCCAGAGCUGGAGGAGCCCGACCUGGUGUCUAUCGGGAGCGAUGUGUCUGUCAACCAUGCCCGAAUCUGUGCAGCAGGCCUCAUGGAUGGCGAGCUCAUCCUCGGUGCUGUGAAGGUCCAGUCCAGGUCGUGCGUGAUGCCUCGGGCAAUGCUGGUCAUGGGCACAGAUGUACCUAGCGGUUCCGAGGUGCCUCCGCUGGCCUCGACCUCUGGAUGGAUGGGUUCCGUGGGAGCUGUCUGCCCCUUGCAACCCUCGAAGAUUGAACAUGUGACGACGCAGGAUCAUCUACGCCUUGCUGUGGGGCUGCCCUGGCUCCUCAUCCUGCACAGUGCUGCGAUCGUCCCCACGAUCUAUGCCCUCGAGAUGUUGUGGGCGUUCUCUGGCGGGAACUGGAUCUUCUGGCUGCUAUCACCUCUGGUAUACCGGCACGGAUUCGCACUGACUUUCUUCCUUCUGACCGUGCUUCAGAAGCGUGCGCUGGUUGGGCGCCUGCUUCCUGGACCUAUGCCCGAGGAAGGCUCAUGGGCCUGGCAAAAGGAUGCCUUCCGGACUUGGCUCCACGAACAGGCGGUUUGUGCCCGGAGCUUCGACGACGCCAUGGAUCCUUUCGUAGGCACGGAAGUGCUGAGCGUCAUGUACAGAAUGUUGGGAUCCAAGAUUGGGCGGCGCGUGCAAAUGGACACCGUAUAUGUAGCGGAGCACGACUGCUUCACCGUGGAAGAUGACGUUGUUUUCGGAUCCGUAGUUUCGGCACACUGUGCGGGUGCAGCUGGACGCCAAGAAGUCAAGCUCCUCCGCGGCGCCAAUGUGCUGGACCAUGGGGUCCUGAUGCCCGGGACCUUUGUUGGGGAGCGCGCCGUCUUGGGAUCUGCUUCGCUUGCUCCGGCAGACUCCUACUUUCCACCGGAUAGCAUCAACACUGGCCAGGUCGGUGGCAAGCCUGUCCGCUUGCGAUUCCAGACCUCUACAGAGGAGCAAGUGGUCACAGAGUGGGAAGCAAUGCGCAGACUUAACUCAGAUGAGUUUUUCUGGGGCUUCAAUUUCGGGGCAAUUGGCGCUGCAAUCGUUUGCAGCCCUGUUCCUAUCUACCAGUGUUUGCUCACCUGCCUGCUUGGCUGGAAAACCUGGGCAUCUUAUGGACCAUUCCUUGCUUUGCUGUCGUUCCCAUUUGCCUAUGCUUCAAUCAGCGUCGUGGUACUCUCAAUCAACUACAUCCUGAAAUGGCGCAUCAUCGGCAAGUACGAGGAGGGUGACUACACGUUCUUCAGCAAUUAUCACCUCAGCUGGACCGUCAUGAUGAUACUAUCAGGUGUCAUGGAAGAUGCAGUCGAUGCACUUCAAGGCACGGAGUUUCUGGUCUGGUACUACAGGCUGAUGGGUGCGAAAGUGGGACAGAACUGCUGCUUGUUUGGCCUGGCCUUAGAGUAUGACUUGCUGACAAUGGGCGAUGGGUGCUGCGUAGGCUGGGAGUGCGAUACGACAUGCCACACAGUCGAGAACAUGGUCAUCAAACUGGCACCAACGGUUCUUGAGUCGUACACCUCCAUGCUUCCUCACUCGAUGGUGUCUCCUGGAGCCGUCCUGCACGAGGGCGCUGUUGUCCUGGAGAAUAGCCAGGUGCUGAAGGGCGAGCAGGUCCCUGCGGAUGAGUGUUGGGCUGGCCUGCCGGCGUCAUCCUGUGGACCCGUGGGCGCUCUGCCCAUGGUGGUCCCAGAGGAGGAUCAGAAUCAGAAAGCCGAUGAAAUUCAGCGCGAAGCUCAAGGUGAAGCUCCGGCAGAGGAGGUGCAGUCUUUGCCACAGGGCCUGGAGGCCUUGAGCGACGGUGCUGUUGUCGCGCUGGCGGGGCAGACCGUCCUUGUCGAGAGAUUAAAGACUGGGGACAUCUUACUCUUCGUGUUCGAAGAGGAUGGCAAGUCACUCUCAGGACAUUUGCGCGUCCGUGCCACAGGCCGUGCCGACUUCGCAGGAAGACGAG